AUGUUUUUUGGGUGGAACUGGGUGGCCCAUGGCUUCUAUCUGCUGUUGAAUAUUUGUGCUCUUGAAGCUUCAGAUGGACUUGUGCAGUCAUGUGGCCACAUCAUCCCGGAGUCUCCUGUAUUGGCCCUUGGGUCCAAUUUCACAGCAUUAUGCAUUUUGAAUGAGAGUUGUCUUGACUUUGGCAACAUCUACGCUAAUCAGAUUAUCUGGAAAAUUAAAAAUAGAGUGGUACCUAAAGAGCAGUAUCGUGAAAUAAACAGAACAGUUUCCAGUGUCACAUUUAAUGACACUUCUUCACUAGCUACUCCUCUGACAUGCAAUGUUUUAGCAGAUGGACACCUCGAACAGAACAUUUAUGGAAUUACAGUUACAGUAGGCUUGCCCCCAGAGAAGCCCAAGAACUUAAGUUGCAUUGUGCAUCAGUUAUCGGAAUUCACAUAUAGUAUGACUUGUACCUGGGACCCUGGAAGGCAUACAUUCCUGGAUACUCUGUUCAGGUUGAAAUACAGAUGGUCGCAGGAGGAGUUUCCUGACUGUAUACCGAAAGGUGUAAAUAAUUCUUGUACAGUUCCUGAUCCUCAGUUCUUUGUUAACCUGGAGGUCUGGGUAGAAGCAGCAAAUGCUCUUGGGAAAGCUGAAUCUGAUCCUGUUGUACUUGAUCCCAUUGAGAUUGUUAAACCACUGUCUCCACACAAUUUAUCAGUUGAUUCAGGAGUACUUCCUACUGUUCUGAAGCUUUCCUGGGAGAAUAGGAUUUCAGUCCCUAUGAUGGAGCUGAAAUUCAAUAUUCGCUAUAGGAUCGUUGGUGACACGAAGUGGAUGCAGGUUCCUCCUGAUGAUACAGCUUCCACAAGAACUUCAUUCAGUCUUCAAGGGCUCAGACCCCACACAGAGUAUGUCUUUUCCAUUCGUUGCAUGAAGAAAGAUGGAGCGGGCUACUGGAGUGACUGGAGUGAAGAAAAAACUGGGUCCACCCCUGAAGAUAAACCAUCUAAAGGACCAGCUGUAUGGAGGAUCAUUGAUGCAUCUCCCUCACCAGCUUCCUGGACUGUGCAUCUGAUGUGGAAGGCACUGGAGCCACUUGAAGCCAAUGGAGUAAUCUUGCAUUAUGAAGUGACUGUCAGAUCUAAAUCAUCUCCCUCCAUUCCACCGGAGAAAUACAGUGUCACUACCACCAACCUUAACCUAAAGCUGCGAAAUGGAACUUAUGAAGUGACUGUGAUUGCCUGUAACAGAGCUGGGGCAUCCCCUCCAUCAGUUUUACUUAUCCCAGCAAGUAAUUCAAAAGCUCCUGUGAAGAAUCUUAAAACACUACCUAAAUAUGGCAAGCUGUGGGUGGGGUGGACAGCUCCCAACAGUUACGUUGUUAAAUAUGUGAUCGAAUGGUGUCUGAUGUCCAGCAGCUCAGACUGCACCAUAGAAUGGCAGAUUGAACCAGGAAACAUUCAAGGAAUAUACUUAAAAG